ACAGAAGUGGCAUUUUCAAAAUCGCAAUCACAAGCGGCAAGUGUCUCGAAGUGUCAAAAAGACAGAUCUUACAAGAUACACAUGUGCUUCAACAAGCCUCCCGACAACCAUUUCGGAAAACUGUCAUGUCAAUUAUGAUAGCUUGACAAGAGUCAAGCCUGAAGAGGGGAAAGUUACUGAAGUUUGCUAGCUAGCUGGAAGCCUAUCCUUUACUGUCUAUGCUGGAAACACAAAGAGUCGAAAGAUAGUUAAGGACUAUCCCUAUCUACUUGAAUGAUUGUGCAUUGAUGUGUCAGGAUGCAUAGGACCAUUGCAAGCUUGCCGUUUGCUCCCUCGGUGAAGAUGAAACUCACAAGGGCAGGGUUCGACACUUGUGCAGACCUGAAAGAUUUGCGACCACUCCAACUCUGCAAAGAAGCAGGCGUCUCCCAGGAGGAGGCACUAGAGGUGCUGCAGACUUUGCGCUCUGAUGAUGGAGUGGGUGUGGUAAGCCACGUGGGCGUGGCCAGUGUGGUGAGGGGCGGGCUCACUGCGCUGCAGCUUCUGCAGAAGGAGCACGCUCUGGGUGACAUCAUCACCUUCUGCUCCGCCCUAGACUCUGCCCUCGGGGGAGGGGUUCCCGUCGGGAAGACCACGGAGGUGUGUGGAGCCCCUGGGGUGGGGAAGACGCAACUAUGUCUGCAGCUGGCCGUGGACGUGCAGAUCCCGGUGUGUUUUGGAGGCCGGGGGGGGCAGGUGCUCUACAUAGACACAGAAGGCAGCUUCCUGGUGCAGAGGGCAGCAGAUAUGGCACAGGCAGCUGUGGAGCACUGCAGACUGGUCACUCAGGAUGAUGAGCAAAAGGCAGCCUUGAAGGACUUCACCGUUGAGAACAUCCUCUCUCGCCUCUCGCUUGUCCGUUGUCAUGACUACGUGGAGCUGUUGGCCCACUGCUACCUCCUCCCUGACCUCCUGACCAAACACUCAGAGGUCCAGCUGGUGGUGAUUGACAGCAUUGCCUUCCCAUUCCGGCACGAUUUUGAUGAUUUCUCCCAGAGGACCCGCCUCCUUAAUGGGCUAGCCCAGCAAUUUAUACAGCUAGCCACGGAGCACAACGUAGCGGUUGUUCUCACCAAUCAGAUGACCACUAAGGUAUGGAAUGGCCAGUCCAAACUCAUCCCAGCCCUGGGUGAGAGCUGGGGUCAUGCAGCCACACAGAGACUUAUUCUGCACUGGGAGGGAACCCAGAGAUUGGCAUCUAUUUAUAAGUCACCCAGUCAGAUGGAGGCUACUGUACCGUACCGCAUCACUGAAGACGGAUUUCGGGAUAUGGCUCCUCCCCCCUUUUCCACCGCCCUGCCUACCUCGUCAGGCCCCACCCGCUCUGAUAGCCAAUCACAGCAGAGUAAACGGCCCCGCAUGGAGCCCCGCCCAUCCUCAUAGCCAAUCACAGAGCUUCUUGAUUUCUGCCUCCAUCCAAAGCCCUUCCUCAUUGGACAGACACUUGGCACCGGUGUCAUUUUCUGACACAUGAUGCAGGAAGCAAGGAUCCCGCACUCAUUUUUGUAAAUAUGUUUCCGUUGAUACUACUGUUACUCACAGAAGUUCAGCAACCCAAAAAUUGUUGAUGAGUUUAAGUGCCAAACCUUUUGUAAUAUUUUUUAUUUUGUGUUCCACAUUGAGAGGAGACACUAGUUUGAGUAUAUAUCAUAUAAUGUAUAAUGUUCAGUGUCAGAGAGAUUUAUUGAAUAAAGAAGA